GGGGAAACUUGUCAGCGCCGCCGCCCGCUCCGCUGCGCUCCCGCCGCCGAAGCCCUCGGAUCCACGACUUCUGCCCUUCACCGCCGCCAAGAUGCUGCUUUUGCUGCUGGGCAUCAUCGUGCUCCACGUCACCGUGCUGGUGCUGCUCUUCGUCUCCACCAUCGUUAGUCAAUGGCUGGUGAACGACGGGCACACGGCAGACCUCUGGCAGAACUGCACCUCGGGGAACGUCUUCCACUGCCUGACGUCUUCCACCAACGAAUGGCUGCAGUCUGUCCAAGCCAUGAUGAUCCUCUCCAUCAUCUUCAGUGUCUUGUCCCUGUUCCUGUUCUUCUGCCAGCUGUUCACGCUCACCAAGGGUGGGCGGUUUUACAUCACUGGAAUCUUCCAAAUCCUUGCUGGGCUGUGCGUGAUGAGCGGCGCUGCCAUCUUCACGGUGCGGCACCCGGACUGGCACCCGGAGGGCAGCUCCUACGGCUUCGCCUACAUCCUGGCCUGGCUGGCCUUCCCCCUGGCCCUGGCCAGCGGCGUCGUCUACGUGAUCCUCCGGAAGCGGGAGUGACGGCCACGGGAGGAGGGGUGUGACAAGGGCACUUGUGGCGGCCGCGGAGGAGACGGAGGCGGGAAAAUAGACGAGAAAACGGGAAAGGAAAAUUAACAAAACAAAAAAAAAGGAAUAAACCCUCCCACCAAAACCAAACCCAACCGACCCCAAAAGGAAACACUCAAAGGGUUACUUGUUAAUUGAAGAUGUAUAUAGUAUCUAUGGUUUAAAAACCUAUUUAUAACACUUUUUACAUAUAUGUACAUAGUAUUGUUUGCUUUUGUUGACCAGACGCGAUGUUUUAAAGCCUAAAGCAAGUGCCUAAGGAACUACUAUCCUAACAGUGUAACGAGAGCUGCAAAACCCUUGACCUGAACUCUCCUUCUCCAUCCCAGCCCAUAUCCAACCAUCAGAAAAACCCCAGCUCUGACUGGUUUCAGGCUGGCGUAAACUGGAGUUGUGUCUGUUUACACCAGCCGGGGGCUUAGUCCCCACUCCUGCCACAUGCUGUGAUCCUGGUGACUGAAGUGCACGUCCAGAUCUGACGGGAGACGCUUCCGAAAGGUUUGAAGGAUUUCGGAGCAAAGGCUUUGAUUGCCCCAAGUGCCUAAAUGACUUAUGUGCCUGAGUCCCCUGGCCUUGCCACCACACCCCCCGGGAAUUUGGGCUUUUAAAUCACUUAGGUUGAAUCGCAAGCCGAGGUGGGCUGUCCCCCUUGGCCCGCGGGGCUGGGGGUGCCCGUGGGGCUGGGGGUGCCCGUGGGGCUGGGGUGUGUGCCCUGCCGAGCUGCCGGGCGCUGACGCUCCCGACCGUGAAACCUGCUUUUUCCUUGCCGUGGAGCUAAACUGCUGAUGAGAAAGAAGCAAACCCAGUAUAGCUAUGAAAUCAAAUACCAGAUGUAUGAAAUGGUGCUAUCUAUUUACCAUUCCUUAUAUUGCUAGCCAUUUAACCUUAGUCACUGGAAAUUCAGUUAACAAUCUUGAGGUAAACGACGAAGCUAGAAAUGAGAAAUAAUUCUGUGUAAUAUAACUGAGCUAUAACUGCUUUUCUACUUAGACUUGCUCUUACUAUUAUUUUUAAUAAAGCAUUUGUAACUGAGGUUCCUUUUUUCCCCUGUGGUCAAGAGGAACAGAAACAGCUCUGGCUGGAGCCCUGCUGGUCUUCCAUGUGUGUUCUCUGUGUCUGGCCAUGAAUUGAACAGGCACCUGCACCAACCCCAGGCUGCCUUCUGAGGACUCCAGACACUGUGUUGCUGUUGUUUUUGUUUAAUUUUUGAGUUUUCUUUUGUUUUCUUUUGUUUUUGGUUUGUUUUGCUUUGCUUUUCUGAUUUUAUACCGACCGUGUGGACUAAGACGCCAUGAAAUAAAAGUCAGAAUAACUCA